AACUGAAAAAAGAAGGUUUUUUUUUUAUCUUCUUGCUACUCAGCUCAGUCAAACUCAGCUCCACAACGCCGCCAUCUGAGCACCUCCGACUUCCAAAUUUCCGACGCAAGCUCGUCCUUCACACUUCUCCGGCGAGGAGCCGUUUGUUUGUCCAUUGCAGGGUUUUACAUCAAUAGCUUCAAUAUUUAAAGAUGUUGCUUGUUGAUCCAACAAAAAAGUUGUCCUUUACGCGAUGUAUUCAAGACGGAGAUUUGGUUAUUGUCUACGAGAAGCACGAUUCAAUGAAGGCCGUCAACGUAUGUGAACCUUCAGUGCUGCAGAAUCGUUUUGGUGUAUUUAAACAUUCAGAUUGGAUUGGAAAGCCUUUUGGGUCCAAGGUGUUCAGUAACAAGGGUGGAUUUGUUUAUUUAUUAGCUCCAACUCCUGAACUAUGGACUCUGGUUUUAAGCCACAGGACUCAGAUUCUCUACAUUGCUGACAUUUCGUUUUUAAUUACAUACUUGGAGAUAGUUCCUGGUUGUGUGGUACUAGAGUCUGGGACUGGUAGUGGAUCGUUAACAACUUCACUUGCUAGGGCUGUUGCUCCUACAGGACAUGUUUAUACCUUUGACUUCCAUGAACAAAGGGCUGCCUCAGCAAGAGAAGAUUUUGAAAAGACUGGCAUAAGCAGCUUAGUCACAGUUGGAGUUCGAGACAUCCAGGGUGAGGGAUUUCCAGAUGAAUAUUUAGGGUUGGCUGAUUCUAUAUUUCUGGAUCUGCCCCAACCGUGGCUGGCCAUUUCUUCAGCUGGGAAGAUGUUGAAACAAGAUGGUAUUUUGUGUUCCUUCUCACCGUGCAUUGAGCAAGUACAACGCUCCUGUGAAACUCUUAGAUCAAACUUUACAGACAUACGGACAUUUGAAGUGUUACUUCGGAGUUACGAAGUUCGUGAAGUGAAGAUGGAUUGUGGCCAGGGGGAAAUUGGUGAUUUUCUUGGGUCACCUCCUCACAAGAGAAGGCAACGGUCAAGUGGAAGUACUGAUGUGCAGAACAAUUCCAGUCCGCCUGUAAUUAUGGCUAAGCCAUGUGGUGAGGCUAGGGGUCACACUGGUUAUUUGACAUUUGCAAGACUCAAAUGUCUAUCAUGAAGAUUUUGGUCGAUCAUCCACCUAUUGUAGGUUAGACGAGUUAUUUGGUUACGUAUGUGCAUCAUUCAUUAUACAAUCUUUUCAACACCUUGAAGCUUAAGGCUGUGUUUGUUUUAAAUGAUGGAUAAGUAGAGGGCUUUGAAUUUUGGAAGUUAUUAAGACUAAUAAAUUUCAAAACUCAAAUCCUCUUUCCUUUCCAUCCUUCCAAACAUACAUACCCUAAAAGUUUUAAGAUGAAUUUUUGAUCGGUAAUGCUCUGUUGUAAACUUUCCACCCGCUUCUAAAUAUGAAGGAAAGAUAUUCUAUCGCUGGCUUAA